CUGCAAUUUAUUUUCAAUAUAGUAAACGCGUUCGAAAAUUAAAUUUAUUUCUUAACAACAAUAUUUUAAAUAUCACUUUAAAUAAUAAAAAAAGAGAAAAUGGUAUCUAAAUGUUAAUGAAAAUUAGGAAUUUUGAUUUGAAUUUUUCUUGCAGCAAUCGGUAUAUAUUUAAAACCUACUUCCGGCGAUUGAUGUAUCCAUAGUUACAUUAAACCGAAAAUGGCGGAUCUACAUUUGGUUCAAUAAGAAAUGGCUUCUAGUGUCGUCUUGGCUGAAGAUGGCAAGCUUUUUUAUCACUAGGAGUGUUUUUUUCUGCUGCAUUAUUGCUUUUUGUUCAGGCUGUACGUUUCCUACAUACUUGCGUGGGUCGUGGCUUAGCAGUGAAAAAGAUGCCCUCGUGUUUGCUGAUUCAUCCCUAUCGGGUUUCAAGGUGGCAACAUUUUCCACUGACAGUUUUACGUGCAUUGAGGAAUACUCUGGCAAAUAUGUAUUGAAAUCUGAAUCAUUUAAGCGUUUUGGUUUAUCAUUCUAUGCCUACCUUUGCAUUGACCUUCAGCAAGUUACUGACAUCACCACAGGCGAUCUGUAUAAAUAUUAUAGAGCUACACCUCAACAGUCAGAUGCAAAUAAUGAGCGGGUUUUGUUUAAAUUGGCUUCCUUCCCUCAAGCUACUGGCUCUGAAGUGUGUACAGUCACAGACUACACCGACGUACCAUACAGUGUCUUGAUGAAAAAUGGUACGAUAGAAAAUGUGAAGAGUAAUUGCGGAAUCCCAUUUCUGGGAAACUUUGCGUACACUUACGAUACCGGCUCCGGUAACUUGUGCAAUAACUCCGCAGUGACAGUUUGCACGGAUAAAACCACGAUGACCUGGGACUACACACAAUGUUCACAAAUUCAAGCUUACUCAGCUGGUGGCGUAACAAACUGCAUAUACUCAACGGAGGUUAACAGUGUUUAUACUAUACAUGUAUAUAACCAAGAUACGACAACUGAUCAAAGUACUACGUACAGAUUUACAUGCUAUAGGGCAAGGGGUUAUGGUACAGUUUAUGCUACCCAGUAUCCAGGUGACUGUCCAUCCACUAUGAAUGAAACUAAUGUCGCAUCUCCUGGGGCUACCCUGGUUAUGACCUCUAGUCUUCUUUGCGCUUAUGAUGAAUCAAGUUCUUCGGCGUUGUCAGCUGGUGUAAUAGCAGCUAUUGUUAUUAUUGUUGUGCUAAUAUUGGCGCUGAUAGCUGCCGGAAUCAUCUACUAUCUGUAUCAGAAGAGGAAGAAGAAAAAACAAGCUGAAUGGGAAGCUGCAAAUAGAAAGGUUGAUCCAGAUGAAUUGUCGCCGAAUAUGCGGCUUGGUUUACCUGACGAGACAAGAUAUGACCUUGACCGCUUGAUGUACUCUCCCGACAACAUGAAAAAUGGUCUCAUCAAGAGGUCACAAAGAAAAGAUAUGAUGGGUUUGGAGGGUCUCGAAGGUUACAAUGAAGGUCAGCUGUACAUGGAUGAGGAUCAAAGGCAGACUGCACUUGAAGCUCAUAUGUAUGCGGAGAAAAGGAAAAGAAAAGAUAAUAAAGACGAGUUCAAGGCAGCAGAGAAAACAAACAAAGUCUUCUCUGACAGAAUCAAAGAUCUUGCUAAAGGACGAAAGAGGCCGUUAAAAGCACUUGCAUUAGCCAAGCUCAAAUUUCGACCAAAGGCAAAACCAAAGGCAGACACUGGUUCCGAAGAUGGCAGAGGAACAACUGCAAAGGAUAUAGUAAUACAAGUUGAAGAAGCUGAUAAACUAGGGCCAGCAGAAAGUAAAAGAAAGACAAGGUUUGCAGACGAAGACCAGGAUAAGAAACUUGGUGAAGAUAAAACAGAUUCAAAGAAGGCAAAGAAAUUGGAAGAUGUAGAAACUCUAAGUGAUAUUGCUGACAAUGAAAAUGCAGUUGAUGAUUUGUCAGAUGACGAAACCAAAGAGCCACGACUCAUUUUGCCUAACCUAAAUCCUAAAAAGGAUAAACGCAAACGUCCGAAAGAUCGGUUCUCACUUGGGCCGAACCCGCAAACACCCGGUAUGCCUCACAACACGAGGUACAUGCCACCUAAAUCAAGACAAAAAUCACCGCAAGAAUUCACCGAACCACUAGUUAUAUCAAGAAAUGCUAACCAUGCUUCGCUACCCCCUCUUGCACGUAUUCAUAGGAAAGAUAACCCACGUGCUUGGAAGGAAGCGUUCGGGGAUAAAACUAAUGGGAUGGAGAGUAUUGAUAUUGAAUCACUGAAGAAACGACUUCCAGAGAACAGAUGGAAAAAGUUGCUCGAAGAACUGUACAGAGACAAGAAAUACUUCGACUACGUAAAAAAAUCAACAACAACGUCUGAGAAAGACUUGAUGAGUUCUGCUGAUGAGAGUCUUCAGUAUUUAUAUGGAAGGGCUUUAUUUUGGGAAUUACAAGAACCUAUUCCGGCACGACCUCCAUCUCAUGUAAAAAGAAUGUAUUCAAGAUACGAAUCUCCUAAAACUAGCGGAUUACAGCGCAGUUCUACAACACUUUCAAGAAGUGGGCAUAAACGUGUACCCCGAACACCUUCAACCCAAGUAAGCAGAUUAAAGAAACGGGACAAUUUGAACAAAAAGAAGAAAGACAAUUUGAACAAAUUAGAAUCCCAGAAAUCGCCAUUACCCGAAUUUUUUGAGGACGGCACGCAGACUGAUUUCUCUCCAAUUCCAAUGACACCAGUUAUGAUAUCAGAUAUAAACAACAUCGACAAUGAUGAUAGUAGACUAUCCUUACAAGGUUCCGUAGCUCUAGAACGUUUUGAAACACCUGUUAUACCGUUUACAAAAGAAGUUACAAAGAGUGAUAUAAAAUUAGAAGAGUUUGAUACAAAUAUGUUUGACGAAGAGGAUCCAAACUAUAUGUAUCAACCGUACCAAGAAGAAGAGGUGAAAGUUGCUGUAUAACAAUUAAUUUACAUACAAAUUUUGAAACAUCAGAAACGUUGCAUUAUAUCUAUGUUUCCUGGUUUUCAGAACUACAAGUGUGUCUUUUCGGUUCACUCAUCACUUUUGAUGUCAUGUGCAACAUCAGUUAUAUGUAUAAUUGAUUUAUGUUUUGUUUUUCGGUAUAAACAAUCUUUAAAAUAUAUGGAAGAUAGGGUGACAAUUUAGACAAUCGCUGCGAUGAUAGUUUCAUGAUAUAAUUAUUGGUUUGGCAAAUAUCAUUUCAUUACUCAAAAUCGCUAAUAAUAUAUAUAUAUGUAUAAUGUCUUAACGAAAGCUGAUAAGUCUUAUUUACCAGUUGUAUAUAAUGUAUACAUAGAUACAUUUAUUAAACUUAGCGUGAAAGAAUAGUUAUAUACAUGUAUGUUUGCUUGAUAGAAUGCAUAAAUGAAUAUAUAUGAAUGAUUAAAGUUAGGGAUUGACUCCCUUUCAACUCAAUUUCUUCCAGAUUUUAUUGUUCAUUUGUUUAUAAUAUGUUAUAGCUCACAUGCUAUGAUAACUUACUCACACUCACUCAGGC